AUGCCGACAAAGGGGACCGACACUGUCGAUGCGCCAUUGAGUCAGGUUUUUGUGGAAGCGCAAGGGUCGACCGAAUAUGAGGGUCUGCCUCGUUUUGAUGACGAGGGGACGACCGAGUAUGAAAGUCUGCCGAUAUUUUACGAAGAGAAUCCUAUGGCAUUGGUGGCGCCGGUGGGUGUCGUGGCGACUGUCGAUGAUGACAAUGGUUCCAUAAACAAAGACGCCUCAAUCACAGAAGUUGAGAUUUUAUCUUCCAUGGCGAUCCUUGUCGAUUUCUCUGAUCACGAGUCGUUCGUCAAAUCUGCUUCUACUUCGCUCAAUUCAAAGGGUGUUGUUGAUAACUUUGUUAAGGAAGUUGAGAAUGGUACCAAUGACUUUUAUGCGUCUGCGGUUGUGCCAAAACAAGACCGGAGGGACAACAAACCUCCUAUUGUCAAAGAUAGAGCUGGUUACAAUCUGAUAGUGGCUGACAUGAGUGCCAUGGAAUGUCAAUUAAAUCGCCUUCAUAAAUUUGGGGACGCCUCCGCACUCGAGAACGUCGUCGGAAGUGGCCGUCUCAUUUCCGGCCACCCUCUUCAUCCGUUGUUAAAUUUGGUUUUGAGGACUCAGGGGCUAUGUACGUCCACUGUUCGUUCUCCGGCUGCAUAUGGCCGGUCGCCGGAGAGGAGUUUGCCGCAGGUGGGUGCUGGUGGCGAGAUGAUGGUGAAUGGUGUUUAUGAGUUGGGACAUCUAUUGGAGAAUUAG